ACGUGCUUUUUCUUGUUGACAUUUCCCAUAUUUCAUGAUUUCACAGGAUUUAUUAUAUUUUUCAUGUUUUUACUUCUCCAAAUCUAAAUCUGAAAAUGCCAGCUUGUGAAGUGUGUGGAGAAGAAGAUUACGAAUGCUACGAUGGCUGCUACUAUUGUGUGCACUGUCACACACAAAGUCAAAAAAUCCAUGAAUUGGAUCAAGAAGAAGACUUUCUUGAAGGGGCAUUUAGUCAGGGCUUGAGUAUAAGGAUGCCAAAGAAAACAACGGAGGAUAGCGAAUUGAACUUGAAGAAAAAGAGAAAGCAAGUUGAUGGAGGUAGACCAUGGACAAGUGAUGAAGGCUUUCAGCUGAUAUUGAGAGAGCAGGUUAAAAGCCUCAUAAAGAUGGGAGCAGAUCCUGUUUUGAAGGAUGUUGUUUUCAAGUUUUGGACACUUUACCUUUCUCGGCUUGGUAUGGCUUUCUCAGAUCAGGAACGCUCUCGAGCUUUGUUCACAAAGACAUAUCCCUUGACCAGAGAUAUCUACGUUCCGACUGCUGAAAACCCAACUGUACCCGAGGUUCGCUGGCUUAAGACCAGUUUGAAGAGAGGAUCAAUUCAGAAGAAAGAUAAACACGUGGACAAAAUGGUGAUGGAGGCGCUGUUAGGUUCAGAAGAAUUUUACGAGGGUGACAACCCUUUAGACAAAGGGGAAGAUGAGGAUGCCGACAGGUUCAUUGGAAUCUGCGAAGAGAACUAUGAGGAGGGAUAUCUAAUAUCCUCAGAACGGAUAUCGGAGUUUGAGGAUUCGUGCAGUCUUUUGGAUACGGCAUCAGAAAGUAGUUCCAAUUCUGAUGUAGGUGUUCGGUGUGAAAUCUUACUGGACGAUUCUGAUGGAGGUAAAGUUGGAAACAUUGGUGGAGGUGCUGAUGAGAAAUGUUCUUUUUCAAGCAGUUCUCGAAGUGAACAGAGUGAAAUAUCACUUGAUGCGUCGGACGAAGGUGAAAUUGGAAAUGUUGGUGGUGGUGAUGGUAAAAGAGGGUCGACUGCAAGGGGAACUAGUAAAAAUGUUGCAGUCUCUAUAAGGACUCGAAAUCAAGCAAGUAAAAGCUUUGUAGCAGCUAGCAGCGAAAGUGUGCCAGUUACUAAAAGAACCAGUGGUCGAGUUAGCAAAGGUACUGUCAGUACUAAAAGCACAAGUGGUGCAGAAAGGGAAAGGAAAGAAAAUGAAGUCUUCGAAGGUACUGAUGCUGCUCACAGUGAAGAAAACAUUGUAGAAACAGAGGACUGGGACAAAAUUACUGGAAAGUGUGACCCUGAAGAUGAUAAUGGACUGUCAGAUAAUGAUCAUGAUGAAAACAAGUUGAGAAGAGGAAAAAGGAAAGUGAAGAGGAGAAUGAAAUUGCUUGCCCCCAGCAAAAAGAAAAUAGGUGGAACAAUAGCAAGAACUCCUUGGAGGCUCCAUAUGGCUUCAACUCUUGCCUUCUGCUAUAUUGGCCUGACCUUCACCAAUGGCAAUGUGGUCAUCUCUGAUAUUAUGCGAUGGGUGAGGAAUGGAGCUCUACCUUAUCACAACAUCAUGGAUAUAUUCCCCGAUGAUAUGAAGCUCAGCUCCAGGGAUACUUUUACAUUCUGUGGCAUGGUGCAAGGUGCAGUUGUACCUCCUCACCAGAGACUCAGUCGAGCUGUUGGAGAUCUUUGCCGAAUGCUUGGAAUCACUCUACCCCGUCUGAGUUUAGAGAGGCUUAUUGGACGUUAUAUCAUUGAUAUGGAUUUACCAGGCCAGCUGAAUGCACUUGCCAUGCAGUUGUUGAAGAAUUCUCCAGUACCAGACGAGGCCCACGUCGUUGGCGUCCAUGGCAUAUUUCCCUACGAGGCGAUGGCAAUGGCUUACAUAGUGAUCACUCUCAAGAUGGUGAUUGGUCUUGAUGAUAAGACUGAGAGGGUGAUGUCUUCCUACAGUAAGAAGAUAAAAGACUUGUUGGGGAGAAAAGCACCUGACUGUCCUAAUGUAUUCGUCUGGGAAGACUGGGUAAUGAACAUGGAGGAGAAGAUGAGCUCUCACAGAAGUCGCGAGAUGCCGACCAACUUUGGGGACCUAAAGGGAAUACGGGACCUAGAUGCCUGCCUUGAUCACUUCAAUCUCAAUAACCCAGCCAAAUUGGGAAAGUUUCACAAUAAACUAACUCCAAAAGACCCAGAGGCCGCAGAAGCAUUGAAAAAACCACUCUUGACUCUUGUGGAUAACCUCAACGAGAUGAGGAUCUCUGCCAGACAGUCUGAAUCAAGCACAGGGAUGGACCCCAUGGAUUUACUGUUGGGAACCCCAGAGAAAGCCGACACAUGGAAAACUACAUAUGAUGCGUCACAGCCCAAAACUACUCAGUUGUUUUUUGAUUGCACUAUUCAUCACAUCACAAAUCCAAGGACAUUCUUGGUGGAUAUCCAAGGUGGUCAUGAAGAAUCUAAUAUUGAGGACAAGGAUUUGUUGCUUUGGAAAAAAAGGCGAUGCUUGUCCUCGGAUGCUGAUAAGCCAGAAGAAAACAUUGAGGCAGAGAAUGCUUUGGAAGAUCUCGUAGUAAAUCUAAGUCCAGCCCACAAGAGAUAUGUGUUGUACGAGCCAGGGAAAAUAACAACUGCUAACCGCCAUAUUUCUUACCUCUGGCUCUUAAAUGUCUGCACUGUCUUCACAGAGAGCACGAUCCAGGACAUUGAUGACUGUGUCAAUAGAAUUCAGUAUUCUCUGCCAAAUUUUCAAAUCCAGAAUAUGACUAAAUCUUAUCAUGUUGCAUCAUGUCAAAAAGGUUUGAGACCUCAGUAAUGGCUGAACUCUCUGUGCCUCCUGUGUGUUUGCUAUUGUAAGAAGUACGGGUUGGACAAUAAGUAUUGAUACUGCUGAAAAUUUGAUGAUAAAAAUAUGUCCUAGUAUAGAACCAGUUUGUUAGUCGGUUAUAUUGCAGAAGUGGUCCUUAUCCAGCUUUUGGCCUAAAUGAAAAAGAAUUAAUCUGUGAUCAGUCUGGUUAUUUCUUUCAGAUCUCAAAAUACA